CGCACUGAGCAUGUUCGCGCCCCGCCGGCCCCGAGCCGCAGCCGCAGCCGCAGCCACGGCAGCCACGCGAGCCGCCGCGCAUUAUGCAAAGCGGCGGCAGAUGCGAGCGGGGCCAGCCGGGCGCGCGUCGGCCUCCCCUCCCAGCGGCUCGCCCCGCCGCCGCCUGACUCUCUCGGGAGACUCCCCCGGCCCGGGCCCGGGGCGGAGGAGGGCCGAGAUGGCCUGAGUGCCCGCGGCGCGGCGGCGCAGCGGCGGGAUCGCACCAUGGGGAACCAGGAUGGGAAGCUGAAGAGGAGCGCAGGUGAUGCCGCGCACGAAGGCGGCGGCGGCGGCACCGAGGAUGCGCUGGGGCCCAGGGACCUGGAAGCCACAAAGAAGGGGAGCGGGGGCAAGAAGGCGCUGGGCAAGCACGGCAAGGGGGGAGGGGGCGGCGGCGGGGAGUCGGGCAAGAAGAAGAGCAAGUCGGACUCCAGAGCCUCGGUGUUUUCCAACCUGCGGAUCCGGAAGAAUCUGUCCAAGGGGAAAGGCGCCGGCGGCUCCCGCGAGGAUGUGCUGGAUUCCCAGGCCCUGCAGACCGGGGAGCUGGACAGCGCUCACUCCCUGCUCACCAAGACCCCGGACCUCAGCCUCUCGGCGGACGAGACCGGCCUGUCGGACACCGAGUGCGCGGACCCUUUUGAGGUGACCCGGCCGGGGGUGCCGGGGCCUGCCGAGGCGAGGGUCGGGGGCCGGCCUAUCGCCGAGGAUGUGGAGACCGCCGCGGGGGCGCAGGAUGGACAAAGGACCAGCUCGGGCUCGGACACGGACAUCUACAGCUUCCACUCGGCCACGGAGCAGGAGGACUUGCUCUCCGACAUCCAGCAGGCGAUCCGCCUGCAGCAGCAGCAGCAGCUCCAGCUCCAGCUCCAGGGCGCCGAGGAGCCCGCAGCGCCCCCCAGCGCCGUCUCCCCUCAGCCCGGGGCCUUCCUGGGCCUGGACCGGUUCCUGCUGGGGCCGAGCGGCGGGGCUAGGGAGGCCCCGGGCAGUCCGGACACCGAGCAGGCGCUGUCCGCGCGCUCCGACCUGCCCGAGCCCCCGGCGCCCCAGCGGCCGCCGUCCCCCGGCAGCCUCCCGGCCUCCCAGGCGCCCAGCCCCGCGGCGGCCCGACCCGCGCCCAGAGACUCGCCGUCCUCCACGGCCUUCCCGUUUCCCGAGGCCGGGCCGGGGGAGGAAGCGGCCGGAGCCCCGGCGCGGGGGGCUGGGGACACGGACGAGGAGGGCGAGGAGGAUGCUUUUGAGGAUGCGCCCCGGGGCUCUCCGGGAGAGGAGUGGGCCCCGGAGGUGGGCGAGGACGCCCCUCAGAGGCUGCGGGAAGAGCCGGAGGAGGGGGCGCAAGGACCCGGCGUCCCCGCGGCCGCUUCCCUACCCGGCAGCCCCGCGCCCAGCCCGCGCUGCUUCAAGCCCUACCCGCUCAUCACCCCCUGCUACAUCAAGACCACCACCCGGCAGCUCAGCUCGCCCAAUCACUCCCCGUCUCAGUCCCCUAAUCAGAGCCCCAGGAUCAAGAGGCGGCCGGAGGCCUCCCGGAGCCAAGGGUCCAGAACCGCCCUGGCCUCCGCGGCCGCCCCGGCCAAGAAGCACCGGGCGGACGGCGGCCUCGCCGGCGGCCUGAGCCGCUCCGCCGACUGGACGGAGGAGCUGGGCGCCCGCACGCCCGGGGCGGGAGGCUCCGCGCACCUGCUGGAGCGCGGGGUGGCCGCUGACCGCGGCGGUGGGGUGUCCCCGGCACUGGCCGCCAAGGCGUCUGGGGCGCCCGCGGCUGCGGAUGGCUUCCAGAACGUGUUCACAGGGCGAACGCUGUUGGAGAAGCUGUUCAGCCAGCAGGAGAACGGGCCUCCAGAAGAAGCAGAGAAGUUUUGCUCACGGAUCAUUGCCAUGGGGCUUCUCCUUCCUUUUAGUGAUUGCUUCAGGGAACCAUGUAAUCAGAAUGCCCAGACGAAUGCAGCUUCGUUUGAUCAAGAUCAACUUUAUACCUGGGCUGCAGUCAGUCAACCCACACACUCACUGGAUUACUCAGAAGGACAGUUUCCUAGGCGAGUCUCUUCCAUGUGGCCACCAUCCAAACCUCCUGAUGAAGAACACAAGCUCAAGGAUGCUGAAGCAGAGUCUCAAUCUGCUGUUUCGGAAACUCCAAAAAAACGCUUGGAUGCUGUCCAGCAGGAAGUUAUUGACAUGAAGUCUGAGGGACAGGCCACUGUAAUUCAGCAGCUGGAACAGACCAUUGAGGAUCUGAGAACCAAAAUAGCUGAACUAGAAAGGCAGUAUCCUGCCCUGGACACAGAGGGGGCCAGCGGUCGCCCAGGGCUUGAGAAUGGAGUGAUGGCCUCCGGAGAUGUCUGUCUCGAAGCUCUCAGGUUAGAAGAAAAGGAAGUUCGGCAUCAAAGGAUUUUAGAGGCAAAAUCGAUACAGACUUCCCCGACAGAAGAGGGCGGGGUACUGACACUGCCUGCUGUGGAUGCGCAGCCCGGGGGUCCUCCCUGCUCCCCCGAGGCUGAAAGAGGACCUCAGACAAAGUUCUGUUCAGAGAUUUCUUUGAUUGUGUCUCCAAGGCGAAUAUCAGUCCAGCUCGACAGCCAUCCGUCUGCACAGAGCAUCUCACAGCCUCCACCACCUCCACCCCUUCUGUGGUCUGAUGGUCAAGGACAGCCUGGGUCACAGCCGCCCCAUUCCUCUCUCUCUACCGAGUUUGAAACCAGCCGUGAACACUCUGUUUCCUCUGCCUUUAAAAACAGCACUAACAUCCCAUCUCCACCACCUCUGCCUUGCACAGAGUCCUCCGGCGCCAUGCCUGGCCUGGGCAUGGUGCCUCCCCCACCUCCCCCUCUCCCUGGCAUGACAGCACCUACUCUGCCCAGUACAGGCAUUCCCCCACCUCCCCCUCUGCCGGGUACAGAAAUGCUGCCACCCCCUCCCCCUCCUCUUCCUGGAGUGGUAAUACCUCUCCCGCCCCCACUUCCCGGAGUGGGAAUACCUCCUCCUCCCCCUCUACCUGGAACGGGAAUACCUCCUCCUCCCCCUCUACCUGGAACGGGAAUACCUCCUCCUCCCCCACUACCAGGAGCGGGCAUACCCCCUCCUCCCCCUCUACCUGGAAUGGGACUACCUCCCCCUCCCCCACUUCCUGGAGCAGGCAUACCCCCUCCUCCCCCUCUACCAGGAAUGGGAAUACCUCCUCCACCUCCUUUACCUGGAGUGGGAAUUCCUCCCCCUCCCCCACUUCCAGGAGGAAUACCCCCUCCGCCCCCUCUACCCGGAGCGGGAAUACCCCCUCCUCCCCCUCUACCCGGAGCGGGAAUACCCCCUCCUCCCCCUCUACCCGGAGCGGGAAUACCCCCUCCGCCCCCUCUACCCGGAGCGGGAAUACCCCCUCCGCCCCCUCUACCCGGAGCGGGAAUACCCCCUCCGCCCCCUCUACCCGGAGCGGGAAUACCCCCUCCGCCCCCUCUACCCGGGGCGGGAAUACCCCCUCCGCCCCCUCUACCUGGAGCCGGGAUUCCCCCACCUCCUCCCUUGCCGGGUAUGGGGAUUCCACCUGCUCCAGCUGCCCCGCCCCCUCUGCUUCCUGCAUCAGGCCCUCCACUCCUCCCACAAGUCGGGAGUAGCACUUUACCAACACCACAAGUAUGUGGAUCUCCUCCUCCAUUGCCUACUGGCUUCUUUGGAUUAGGGAUGAAUCAGGACAAAGGGAGUAGGAAGCAGCCCAUAGAGCCUUGUCGACCGAUGAAGCCUCUUUACUGGACCAGAAUUCAACUACAUAGUAAAAGAGACUCCGGUACUUCACUUAUUUGGGAAAAAAUUGAAGAGCCAUCCAUAGAUUGUCACGAAUUUGAGGAAUUAUUUUCUAAAACUGCUGUAAAGGAGAGAAAGAAGCCUAUCUCAGAUACCAUCUCAAAGACGAAGGCUAAACAGGUUGUCAAGUUAUUAAGCAACAAAAGAUCACAAGCAGUUGGAAUACUAAUGUCUAGUCUUCAUUUAGAUAUGAAAGACAUACAACAUGCUGUUGUGAACUUGGACAAUUCUGUGGUUGACCUGGAGACCCUUCAAGCUCUCUAUGAGAAUAGAGCACAGUCAGACGAACUUGAAAAAAUAGAGAAGCAUGGCCGAUCUUCCAAAGACAAGGAAAAUGCCAAGUCUCUGGACAAACCUGAACAGUUCCUUUAUGAACUGUCACUAAUCCCCAACUUUUCAGAGCGAGUCUUUUGCAUCCUGUUCCAGUCCACGUUUUCAGAAAACAUUUGCUCAAUUCAUCGCAAACUGGAAUUACUACAGAAAUUGUGUGAGACACUAAAAAAUGGCCCAGGGGUUAUGCAGGUUCUAGGUUUGGUUCUUGCCUUUGGCAACUACAUGAAUGGAGGAAAUAAGACUCGAGGACAGGCGGAUGGCUUUGGAUUGGACAUUCUUCCAAAGCUGAAAGACGUCAAGAGCAGUGACAAUAGCAGAAGCCUUUUGUCAUAUAUUGUUUCGUAUUAUCUCCGAAAUUUUGAUGAGGAUGCUGGAAGAGAACAGUGUCUGUUCCCACUGCCAGAACCCCAGGACCUUUUUCAGGCCUCACAGAUGAAGUUCGAAGAUUUUCAAAAAGAUCUCAGAAAACUGAAAAAAGACUUGAAAGCCUGUGAAGUUGAAGCAGGGAAAGUAUACCAGGUCUCCUCAAAAGAGCAUAUGCAGCCUUUCAAAGAAAACAUGGAACAAUUUAUUAGUCAAGCCAAAAUUGACCAAGAGGCAGAGGAAAAUUCACUGACAGAGACUCAUAAAUGCUUUUUGGAGACUACAGCAUAUUUCUUCAUGAAACCAAAACUUGGAGAGAAGGAGGUGUCCCCAAAUGUUUUCUUCAGUAUCUGGCAUGAAUUCAGCUCUGACUUUAAAGACUUCUGGAAGAAAGAGAACAAACUUAUACUACAAGAGAGAGUGAAAGAAGCUGAAGAGGUGUGUAGGCAGAAGAAGGGAAAAUCACUUUAUAAAAUAAAACCAAGACAUGACUCUGGAAUUAAAGCAAAGAUAAGCAUGAAAACUUGAACAAUGAAAAGCAGAAUGAAAAUGAAUCAUUGCAACGACUUUCACAAAACUCAGCUGACCUGAGGGUGGGAAGGAGUCUACUGUCAUUCUGAUCAUUUUUCUUCUUGACCUCUUGCAUAAUCUUUUCGUUUUCUAGACAGUUCACUAAUUGUUGAAUUUUAUUGUAUAUUCAUAUAAAAAUGCAAAAGUACUAGACCAGUGGAGAAUUUGACACAUUUUCUUUUUGUAAAAGUUUAUGGUAUUACACAGAUAGACCAAAACAGCAUGUGUAAGAGGCAGUAUCUGCACUAAUUCUGAACAUGCUAAACAUUAACUAAAAUUCACCGUUGUGAGAAUAUUCCUUGUCACAGCAAAAACACUCUACUUUCUACUGACAACCAGUCCUCCACAUCACAACAUCUAGACAUAUGGGUAAAAAUGUCAAUUCUAGUGAAUUGUUUGUAUCAGUUUCAUGUCUACGUAGAAAUUUUCUACUUUAAAAUUUACCAUUUAUAAUCAGUGCAUUCCCAACUGUUGGGUUGCUCUCCAUAACUAUGUAUUUGUGAAAGAAGAUUGUCAUUUUUUUACUCAAGUCAUAUAAUAAAUUCAGAAAAGAUACAGCAAAAGAAAAACUCUUUUCCUGUAAAUGAUUUAAUGUUGGCAAAAAUCAGUUGUAAAUUUAUAGACGGCUUUAUCAGGACAGGUCCUCUGGGACCCCUUGAAAAGCUAGUCUGCAGCAGAGGUAAGUUAAACGAAAAACGUGCCUCUCUCAAACUUUUUCAUGACACUUCACCAAAAAAGAAAAAUCGCUCAAUAUUUUGAAGGAAUUGAAAUAAAUGAUGCUUAUAAAAUUGCCAAAUGUGACUAUCAGCCAAAAAUGAAAUAAAAAUUUUGGAGGGAUUGCCAUCUGCCCAGAACCUGCUGAGUUAACAUGCCUGAAUAAGUCAGCUCCUAAUGCAUUGUGAUGGUUUUGUCUAACACGAGAGCUGGGUUUUUUUUUUUUAAUUGCUUUUAAUGAUCUUUGUUACAAGUUAUAGUUGUGGAUAAAGGGGAGAAUUUAUUGCUCUUGCAAACCAGUUAUGGAAAGCAACUUAAGAAAAACAAUGUUCUAAAUCAUAACUGUUUGUAUUUAUGUAAAGUACGGUCUCUGACUUUUUAGUUUGUAGUUUAAGUGCAAAGAAACAGUCGUGGUUUUUUUCCCAUUGUUUUGUAGUAUUCCUGCCCCCUUCAGUCCUUCCAGUGUGUAUAUUACCAUUCUCCAAUGAAAUAAUAGGGCAUUUAACAAAGAUCGCUAUGUGCAAUACUGUAUUUAGUGUUUCUAUUUCAAUUUUUCUAGGAUGUUAAUUUAUAUGAAAAUAAAAUGAAUAAUAA